UUUCAACCAAAGUUAUUCAACUUAAAAAUGCAGUACAGUCAGAUCUGUGCAUCUGCUCACAGGAGGCCUCUUUUUAUUAUACAAACAGUUUAUUUAGGUUUUUAAUGUUGUGAUUCCGACCUUUUCCGACAUAUUCCGAAAAUCGGUUUGUUAUGCGCAGAACGGAUGCGCAGCGGGUGACACUGCCGCUUUAAGGCGCGCGUUGCAUUUCGGGAUGACCUCAUUCCUUGCAGGCUUGCCGCAAACACAGAGUCAGAGGAGGAGUGAGGACUAUACCGGCAUGCAACGCGGUCAGGCGCGGUUUUUUACAUAUUAUCGAUUUCUCGCCACUAUGCAUGGAAAGAAAGCUUCGUUUUGGGGUGAACACGAGCUUCUGUGUGUUCUGAGGUGUGUUCACUGUGUGUCAAAACAGCCUUUAAUCUUAAAUUACCUGCACUGGUACAAAUUCACUCUAGUUGUGUUUUUAAGGUGAGAUGAUUUUUAUAUAAAAAUAGAAAUAUAAAAAUGCUCCUAUGUUGUAUAAAUACAGCAGUAUUAAACGUAUUUUUAUUUCAUAAUAUUAUGUAGUUCUUCGACCCUAAUGAUCUACGGGAAGGAGGUAUAAACAAAGAAUAUAACAAUGUUAUGUUGUUGGGAGUUUGACAUUUCAACAUCACCGACAUCCCAAGCAAUCCCACCAUGUGACCCAGAUAGUCAAGAUGAUGAGCUGGAUAGUGUACUUCCACCAAUAGAAUUACAUCAGCCAACUGAUU